AAAGGUAAAGCGGGCGGACGUGCGUGGACCUGAGUUUAAUUCUCCGUGUCACAAUUUUCGCUGCUGUCCUAAAAGCCCAGGAUAACCAACAAACAAACAUAAAAUAAGAGAACUGAAAAAGUUAACCAAGAAAAAACGGUAAUAAGUCGGGAAAAUCAAAGUGCAAAAUUGAACGCCAAAAAAGUAGAGUGUGAGCGAGACAGCGCAUGCUGGGCGCCGCAGGAGCUGAAGAAGAAGAAGCAGUGAGAGUGAAGUUAACUGGAAGUGGAGUGGAUAGAGGAAAGCGAGAAGAGAGCCAGAGAAAACAACAAAGAACAACCAGGCGACUCAAAACAAGUCGCCUUUUAAAUCUACCUCCAAAUAAAAGCAAACGUCAGUUUAGCAAGCACAAUAACAAAAUAAACAAAAGUAAAAACAAAGACAAGGGAACAUCAACUCAAUAAAAAAUUUAAAUCGGAGCAAAUCACUUGAAAAGGGAAAAGCGCCAUCUAGUGUCGCGAGUAAAAUCAGCAGCUGACAGAGAAAAAGAAACCGAAUAAAGAGUAAAGGAGCAAAAAGAUUUAAAAAAAAUACAAUCUCUCUUCGCCUGGAAGUUGAAAAGGAACAGCAAAAGAGAGGGGGGAGUUAGCUCCCUCAAAACUUCAUUUGGACCACGAAAAUAUUAAUAACAGUAAAGUAAAAAAAAACCCAGACUCGUUGCCUUCUAAGCCCGCCACAAGAUGGCGUGCCUUAACACCUUGAAGCAGGAAAUCAAAACGCUGGAGAAGAUUUUCCCGAAGAAUCACGAGCGCUUUCAGAUCCUCAAUUCCAGCGUCGAUGAACUUCUGUGCCGGUUUAUCGAUAAGAAUGGAAAGCGCUACGAUAUCCAUGCCAACAUAACGGAAACGUAUCCGUCAUCGCCGCCAGUUUGGUUUGCCGAAAGCGAGGAGACGAGCGUCACAAAUGCUGUUCAAAUACUUAGCAAUACAAAUGGACGUGAUAAUCACGUGAUUAAUCAGGUGGGCAUACUUCUGCGUGAGCUGUGCCGACUACACAACGUUCCACUGCCACCCGACAUCGAUAAUUUGGCCCUGCCGCUGCAAACGCCGCCGCCAUCCGCUUCUCCACUCCGCUGCGAGCAGAGGCCAGGAGGUGGUGGAGCGGGGGGCGGUGGAGGUCCGCACGGCAACGAGGAGACAGAUUCGGAUCAGGAGGAGAUAGAAGAUCCUAUCGGCGAGAGCGAACAGGAGAGCGAGGGUGAUGAAGACUUGCCGCUGGAAAUGGAUGAUGUACGAAGUACAAACAAGAAGGACGACAUGGAAGUGGAACACCUAGCAACUCUAGAAAGACUGCGUCAAAGUCAAAGACAAGACUAUCUUAAAGGUUCCGUUUCGGGUUCCGUGCAGGCAACCGAUCGCUUAAUGAAGGAACUACGUGAUAUUUAUCGAUCGGACGCCUUCAAAAAGAACAUGUAUUCUAUUGAGCUCGUCAACGAGUCGAUUUACGAGUGGAACAUACGCCUCAAGUCUGUCGAUCCGGACAGUCCGCUGCACAGUGAUCUGUUAAUGCUCAAAGAGAAGGAGGGCAAGGACAGUAUUCUGCUCAAUAUCCUUUUCAAGGAAACGUAUCCCUUCGAGCCCCCCUUUGUGCGCGUCGUCCAUCCGAUCAUUUCAGGAGGCUACGUGCUCAUCGGCGGUGCCAUCUGCAUGGAAUUGCUGACCAAACAGGGCUGGAGCUCGGCUUACACCGUCGAAGCUGUUAUCAUGCAAAUUGCAGCCACCCUCGUCAAGGGAAAGGCGCGCAUCCAGUUUGGGGCCACCAAAGCACUGACCCAGGGUCAAUAUAGUUUGGCUCGAGCCCAGCAGAGCUUCAAAUCUCUGGUGCAGAUUCACGAAAAGAAUGGCUGGUUCACACCACCCAAGGAAGAUGGCUAAGACAGAAAUAUCCCCCAUACGCACACCCUUUCUGGAAUAAUGCAUGCAGCAAACAUUAUAUCCCCAUCUAAGCCCUCACACGCCACUCGCCACCCGCCACACACAUUUCCGUAUCCGCAUCCAUCAAGCACACAUCCCGCACUUACAGCCAGUUCAUUUUGACCUGGUUAGGACAAAAUUGGACGGAGCUCCAGAAUGAAAGGUAAUGGCCCAAAACCUUGUUCGUUUGCAACGCCGAAAAAAAUUGAACAGGCGCCCAUCAUCCAUACGCAUAUAUAUAUUACACGUAUAAACGUAAAGCGGACUUGCAAAACAAAUCCUUGUAUUCAUGGUUACCGUUUCGUUGCAAGAAAAUUCAGAUGCUUAGGCCCCAUUCGUCUUCUAUGUAGUGUGUAGUAUUCUUACCAAAUCCUCCUGCCUAAAGUCGUGUAUCUUGUACAGAGUCUUGGAAACUGCAGUUGAAUACAAUUGGGAAGAAACCAGUACCGAAGAGUGUAAAAUGUAAAGGCAAUAUCUAUUUUGUAUAUGAAUAUUAUUUGUAAUUUGUACAUGUAGUGGCUUCAAAACCUUCCAAACAAAAACCACCCAAUACCCACAACCCGCACACACACUCCACACACACGCCUAAAAUGUAAACUAGUUAAGACGCCUAAUUGUAUUCUUAUUUUAAUUUAACCAAUCUGUAGUAUGUUAUAUUUUUUUCUCCUUAUCUUGUAAGCGAAAAGUAAAAGAAACGGCAAGACAAAGUGUGCGAUGUCGAGCAGAAUAGAUAUAUAUAUAUAUACCUAUAAAUACAUAUAAAUAUAAUUAAACAUAAAUAUAAAGAUAUAUAUUAAAAUUAGCGCGAGAGUUUAGCUUAAGCAGAAAAUACAGAACGAUGCGUCGAAGAUGAGCAAAUUCUAAGUGUAAAUUCGUCUUUCCAAAUAAUCGUAAAAUAACGUAAAUAUAAAUUUAAAAAAAUCUAAAUUAAAAACAAAAAACAAAAGCUAAAUCCAGUAGUUGGAAAACAAAAAUCGAAAAUAUUGCAAUAUUGAAAUAAAAAUAUACAUUAAUGUAAAACAAAAAGAAACAAGUUAGUUCGAGGGCAACUGUUUUGCUGGCUCCAUUAUCAGUUUUUUUAUUCGUACAACGGCAGACAAAAUUUCAAUGUACAUUUUAAAACGGAAAUUGGCAUGCACGACAAAAUGUUCAUUUUAAGUAUGUAUUUAAUAAAGAACGAUAUAUACAUGCA